GGAGCCAACUUCAACCUCAUUUGUCGGAAAUGGUUAAGUCUUACGCCAUACUUCCGCCCUUUUUCUUUAAGUUUAAAAGUGAAACUGUUCAUUGACAAGAAGCCACUCGGACAAAUGGACCUGUUGCAGCAGAAUCAUCAAGAUCUUCGCCAGUGGCUAACGCAGAAUAAGGAAGUUCUUUGUCAGCAGCUCUCUGAUGUCGCAUUUACCAUCAUAGACAAGGCAGAAGGCAUAUUAACUGUAAGGGAAUACAAGACUUUGAUUGGUGUCACAGAUGACAGUGUGCGGAUCAGAAAUCUCUUGAACACCAUAAUUAGAAAAUCAAGUGAAGAAUGUAAGGAGUUUGUUCAGAUCAUGCAGCAGCACUGUCCUCUAAUUACCAAGCUGCUCCAGUCCAGCAGCCAAGUACAGCCCUCAAGUCUGGGGUUUCUACAUUAUUCUGACCUGUCAACAGAACAGUGCUACCAGUUUGUGUGUGCAGAAGAAGGAAGUAAUGUGGUCGCCCCCUUGGUUUCCCAUAUCAACACUGGACCUUUCAACAUGGACGUAACCCUGAGAACCCCCACUGACCUGAAGGCUUCAGACCAAUUGGAUGCUCAGAAAUCACAGAAUAACUCAGCAUGCGGACAGACAGCCCCACCAUAUUCUGUGCAGGUGCAGCCUGGCAUCACUUCAAGUGUGAGAGCCAUUAGGGGAAGCAACGUUUUUGCCCCUGUCUUUAACCAUGCAAAUGUAUCUGAUGGUGUCAGUGUAAACAUUAAAAUGGAGUCAGGCUCAUCAGAAGCUCAAGGUCUGCCAAAGAAAACUCCAGAGUGGUUCAUCAAAGAUAAUUACAAAAAAUUUCAAGGUUCACCAAAGUCAGCUGAAGAGUGGGCUGCAUCCAUACCCAAUAAAUGGGAAUUCCUGAAGGCCCAUAUCAGUAAGCUUGUUAAAAAUGUGAAAAACGUGGACAGGAUUGUGGAUGAGCUUAUUGAGACAGGUCUCCUCCAUUCAGAGAUGGCUAGCAAUAUAAGGGCACAACCAACUGCAGAGAAGAAGAUGAGGGAGAUCAUAUUCGGAGUAGGCAGCGAGAAGAUGGCUAAUGUUGUGGUUCUGGCGCUCUACAGGUGCCAGGGAGAUGUGAUGGAGGAGCUACUGCCCCCCCUGGAGGCCUGAGGAGAGCCUUCACACAAAUCUUUUUACCUUUAUUUUUUAAAUAAUUUUUAUUUUUUUAUAUUUAUUUUAGCAAUCCUUUUGUCUAAUGUCUUGUCCCCUUUGUAAAAGUUUAAUGUUUUGCUGGACCAUUCUAAGAUGAUGACCUUGCUUAGAUAUAGUUUGGGACAGAGAAAUGAGCAGAUUCAUACAGUGUAAUUAUGAUACAUUGUUUGGCUGGUACAGCUUCAGCCUCAGGUGCACAUUGUGAAUUGGCUGAGCUUUUUGAAUUUUGACCUAUAGCCCAGAAUUUUAGGUGAUUUUUAUGGAUAAUACAUGUUACUAACUGAUAUUUUUGAUAAUUGCUUUUGAAAAUGUAUCUCAUAAAAUUUCAUUUUGCCUUGCACAGCUACUGCUAUAUGUAGGUAAUUGUUUAUAUAAACAGCUUUGUCUUGUAUCAGUCAGGAGUCUGCAGUUCAUACUGGUUUUCAUUCCUGAUGACUGAGCUUUCAUUAGUUGUUGGCUAAAUGAUUUUUUCACUAUUUAAGCUCAACCAAACCUUGGAUCUUAUUUUAAAUUAAUGCCAGUUAAUAGGAAGAGCGGGCACAGAAAAUGGAUGGAUGGAUGGAUGUAAAAACAUAAUCAGUUUGCUAAUGUGUGGAAGUUACGGUAGGUCAAAUAUCACAUGGAUAAUUCCAUUUCACUCACUGCAUAAAAUGACAUUGUGUAACUUCUGCAAUUCCUUCUAUUCAUCUUUCAACUGCUUAUCCAGUACAGGGUCAAGAAACGUCUGUAAUUACAAAUAUUAAAUGUUUCACAUGUGUCAAUUGUGAUGUACUCUGUAUCCAUAAUCAUCUGCACUGAGUACAAAAAAUGAAAGUAGUCCAAGAACUGUCCAGCUGCUACUCAGCAGACAACAGUAUAGACCACAGUGUUUGCACUGAUUAUUAAGAGUGAGCCUGAACUUAAGGCCCUACUGUUUUUCUAUGUGUUCCACUCUGAACAUUUCAGCUGGUGUGCUGAUAACUUUAAGUCUUCUAAAGCCUUUGGUUCCCUUUCCUCCCUCACAAGGAAUUCUGUGGGCCAAAUUCUUUCAGGAAGAAUAAGUCUGCAUUUUCCUCAUGAUCCUACAUCCAGCUCACAUUAUUUACAGUGUUUCUCCACAGUGUUUUGCAAAACACAACAAAAUGAAUCUCUGGGUGGAAAGGAGGCUUUUACCCAGUGCUAAGUAAAGUCUGGUACAGCUGGCUAUGAUCCAUCCAUCCAUUUCACCAUAUCCCAAGUAGAGUUACUGUGAUCCCGGUGCCGACUGAAUAUCUUAUUGAUAGGGGCGAACUAAUUUCUCAGGGGGGCCUAGGCUAACACUUUAAGUAGCUUAACCAUUCCCUCUUCGGAUAAGGUUAGUUCAGAGUUUUUGCAUGUGUUUGUUUAACUGUAUUCCACGUCUGUUCACAAUUUGUCUACCACUCUAGCGGGAUAGUAUCAAAGACACUGGAGAUGUAAUAUUAGUCUUGUAUCUUUGCACUGUUUUUGCUGUCUGUUAGAUUACUUUGUGCCAGUUUACUUGACAGGGCAACAUUCGUUAUCACUAGGCCAUUUUGAAAAGAAAGCUAGGUAGUGUGAAGUCUCAAAGUGCUCCAUUACAACUUUGUCUAUCCUGAAAUCUAUCACUAAAAAUGCAAAUAACAGAAUUAUUCACCUUGAGGCAGAUUCAUCUUAAACCUGACAUACCAGAUAUUUUCACGUCUACAAUGCAGCAUGUCGUAAUUUGGUUGGGGAGCAUGAGAUUUACUUCUUACAUCUGUGAGAUUACUAUGAGCAUUCAAAUACACAAUCCAUUAUGGUAAAAGAAACUUGACAUCUAUGGGAGAUGCAUUAAAGAAGUACAUUUACAACACA